CGUUUCGCGCCUAAAAUUGUCGUUGCUCCAAGAAACUUGGCAAAGUUCGCUUGUGUCUCAUCCGCGACUGAUGCACGAUGGAAUUAAACAAGAAAUUCAACACGCUUUCUCUGGAAAGUAAUGAUCAUUCUCCCGUAAAAAUGCCAGCCAAGGAAGCUGCGCGAGGGAAGAUGCAUGUUAUCAAGCGAAAUGGUCGUAAGGAGGAUGUUCAUUUUGACAAAAUCACUUCAAGAAUUGCCAAACAGUGUUAUAAUUUGGAUAUGAAUUAUGUGGAUCCAUCUGCUGUUGCCAUACAAGUAAUACGUGGUUUAUAUUCUGGAGUAACUACAGUCAUAUUAGAUAAUCUUGCGGCUGAAACUGCAGCUACUAUGGCAACUAAUCAUCCCGACUAUGCUAUAUUAGCUGCAAGGAUUGAUGUAUCUAACCUACAUAAGGAGACUAAGAAGACCUUUAGUGAGGUCAUGCAUGACUUGUACUAUGCCAAGGAUCCUGUCACAAAUCAUCGUACCCCUAUAAUCAGUGAACAUUAUUAUAACAUUAUUAAGAACAAUGCAGAAAGACUAGAUUCUGCUAUAAUAUACGACCGAGAUUUCAGUUACAAUUAUAUUGGUUUUAAGACACUUGAGAGAAGCUAUCUGCUGAAAAUCAAUGGCAAAAUAGUAGAAAGACCUCAACACAUGUUGAUGAGAGUAGCUGUUGGUAUUCAUGAAAACGACAUUGACAGAGUUAUAGAAACAUACAACUAUUUGUCUGAACGAUAUUUUACACAUGCUUCCCCAACAUUAUUUAAUGCCUGCACUAAUAACCAGCAGAUGUCUAGCUGCUUUCUUUUGACGCUCGACAAUGAUAGCAUAGAAGGUAUUUACAACACGCUGAAGAAAUGUGCGCUCAUCAGCAAAUAUGCUGGUGGAAUAGGACUCAACGUACAUUGCAUUCGUUCACAAAGCACAGAGGAUAAUACGGAUACAACCAAUGGCUUGGUUUCUGUCCUAAAAUUAUACAAUGACAUGGCUAUUUAUGUUGAUCAAGGUGGAAAUAAGAGACCAGGAGCGUUUGCUAUUUAUUUAGAGCCAUGGCAUGCUGAUAUCUUUGAUUUUUUAGAGCUUAAGAGGAACAUUGGGGAUGGAAACAUGCGAGCUAGAGACUUGUUCUAUGCUUUAUGGAUACCAGAUCUUUUUAUGGAACGUGUAUAUAAUGAUGAAACCUGGAGCUUGAUGUGUCCACAUGAAUCUCCUGGCUUAGCUGAUGUUUGGGGUGAUGAAUUUAAAGAGCUGUAUACUAGAUACGAAAAGGAAGGUCGCUAUAAGAAGCAAGUAGAGGCCAGAGCUGUGUGGAUUGCCAUUCUCAGAUCACAAGUAGAAACUGGAACUCCUUAUAUGCUUUACAAGGAUCAUUGCAAUCGAAAAUCUAAUCAUCAGCAUAUUGGUACAAUCAAAUGCAGCAACUUGUGUACCGAAGUUGUUCAAUAUUCCGGCCCUGGGGAAGUUGCCGUGUGCAAUCUAGCAUCCAUUGCUGUCAAUAUGUUUGUUAAUACGAAUAACAAGACUUUUGAUUUUGAUAAACUUAAAACAGUUGCAAAAAUCGUCACUCGUAAUUUGGAUAAAGUCAUCGAUGUCAAUUUUUACCCCAUUGUGGAAACAAAAACUUCUAAUCAAAAACAUAGACCUAUUGGUAUCGGAAUACAAGGUUUAGCGGAUGCCUUUCUGUUAAUGCGAUAUCCGUUUGAAAGCAAAGAGGCCAAGGAACUCAACAUCAAAAUCUUUGAAACUCUUUAUUAUGGUGCCUUGGAAGCGAGUUGUGAGCUGGCUGCGGAAAAAGGUACUUACGAAACGUAUGAAGGUAGUCCAGUCAGCAAAGGUAUCCUUCAGUAUGAUAUGUGGGACGUUAAGCCGACAGAUUUAUGGAAUUGGGAUAAAUUGAAGGAGGAAAUCGCAAAGCAUGGAGUAAGAAAUUCGCUUUUGAUUGCACCUAUGCCAACUGCGUCGACUGCACAAAUCUUAGGGAAUAACGAAUCCAUCGAAGCGUAUACCAGUAAUAUAUAUGUAAGACGCGUAUUAUCGGGGGAAUUUGUCAUCGUCAAUCCUCAUUUAUUGCGAGACUUAACAUCCAGAGGUUUAUGGGACAAAGACAUGCAGAACGAGAUACUCGCGAACUUUGGAUCUGUUCAAAAUAUUGAACGUAUUCCUGAUGAUCUAAAAGUUUUAUACAAGACUGUAUGGGAAAUAUCGCAAAAAGUAAUUCUUGAAAUGGCAGCCGACCGAGGAGCUUUUAUCGAUCAGUCGCAAUCUCUGAAUGUACAUAUAGGAGAUCCAACGACUGAAAAACUUACAUCGAUGCACUUCUUUGGUUGGAAAAGCGGUUUAAAGACUGGCAUGUACUAUCUGCGAACAAAGCCAGCUGCAAAUCCCAUACAAUUCACAGUGGACAAAUCUAAAUUACGGAAUAAUGAUUCCAUAUCUAAUUCGUCCACUACCAAUAACACCCCAGUUCAGUCUCCCCAAAAUAACGACAAUAGUGAUGACAAUAUUGAAAGAAAAAAUCAAUUAAGUCAACAAGCAAGUGGAAAUCAACGUGAACUAGCACGAGCCAAAAACUUGAAAAAAACGCAAAAGAAGGCAGCGUCUGAACAGGACAGCAAUAAAGGUCUUUCCUUGGAGCAGCGUAAAGCACGUGACGCGGAACGAAUGAGAGAGAAACAACUUAAUAAGAAGCAGGAACCAGAUAAGUCUAAGCAGGCAGCGAGGUAAUUCAAAGGAAAGAGUGUACAAACUUUUACGAUAAAAUCGAUUAUAUCACACGCAAUGAUUAUGUUAAAAAGAUUCACGGAUGUAAGGGACACAAAGGUUGCUUACCGAAAAUGCAAAAAGGAAUCGUCAUGUUUUUGAUGUUAAAGAAUUUUUCCAUUGUCGGCCGUAUAAUACAGCUACAUCGGUUGUAUGACAUACCACAGGACCUAGCCUCGAUUAUCUUGUUAUUUAUACAUUGCUCAUAAAAAAACCAGUUAAUAUAUAGCCGGUGUGUAUAAAACUCGACGUUACCUAACACUAAAUUCAGUCAAAGAAUAAUGCGCGUUUGACUGGUUUCUUAGGUAUAAGGAUAUUAAUUAAAUAAUACGACAUUUGUAGUACUAAUUUUCCUAAUCUGUAAAUUCAAAUUUUCUCAUAUACUUAUUUAAUAUGUUAUCCCAUUAAAUGUGUAAGAAACAAGCGGUUACUGGAUACAUAUAUGCUGGCCGUCGUAUACGCUCCUCUUCGCUCGUAAUAAACUGUUCAAAGUUCAACAGUAAACGGGUUUAAUUUUUAAAUUUCCAUCCCUAGUAGGAUAAACAUAUUUUUCGUACAAUGUUACACCACGAAUGACUAGAGAUAUUAGGAAUAUAAGUAAAAGAUAGAAGAACAUA